UUUCCGCGACUUGGUUCGAUUCCACGGGGCCACGCGCGCGUUCUUUCGUCUUUUGGUUGGUUGGGUUUUUGGUUUUCUGAUUCGGGUUUUUAUAUUUUGAAGAGGAUUCAUGGGGAAUCCUUAAGACAUAGUUGGUUGAUCUACGACUUGAGCGAGCGGAAGUGAUCUGCCUUGAGGGUUUUUUUUAAAGUUAUCAUCAACUCUAAGUGGAAGACCUUGUCUUGUCAAAACUGCAAAUACUCGAUUUGCAUUCGAAAAAAGUGCAUAAAUUUAUUCUGUGUUCGAAAAUAUUGAAAGUGACAACUUCGGGAGAUUCUUCUUCGAGUGAAUGUGGAAUUUUGAGGCGAGAUUCCAAAACCAGUGCCUGAAAAUGAAACAUACUCUCAUCCUUCUGGCCAUAGUUGCAACAUGCUCAGCCGAUAUUUCAACAAUCCUAAAGGGUGGAUACUCCCGGAAUGAUAUCGACUUCGAGGGCUACCAGUACGACAAGCCCAAAGUACCGUUUGAAACGCCAACCAGACCUCCGCCUCCGGUUCCGCCUACGACGACGGAGAAAAAAUGUCCCCCGUCGGCACAGAAUCCGGAUGGAAGUUGCGGCUACGAUUAUCCGAAACCAUCGCAAGCCUUCCCGUUGCCCAGUGAAUAUCUGCCCCCGUCGACGACGGUUAGGACCACUACUACUACGACGAGACCAACUACAACGACUACAAGACGCACUACUACAACAACUCGUCCGACGACGACGACCACACGCCGAACUACGACCACACUGAAACCUACCCAACCGGUGAUAUACACCACACCAAAACCAAGUUGCCCACCGUCAGCUCAGAAUCCUGACGGAACCUGUGGUUACUUCUACGAGAAGCCCGAGCAAUCGUUCACCCUACCGCAGCGUGUUCCAACCACCACUCCCGUGAGAACUACAACCACAACAACCCGGAGAACCACUCCUCCGCAGGAGUACUUGCCACCAAGUACAACUACCACUAGGCGAACAACAACUACUACUAGGCCUACAACCACCACCACAAGACGAACAACUACUACAACGAGACCGACUACAACAACGACACGUUACACCACUACCACUACCCGCCCUCCAACGACGACAAGAUGUCCCAUCGGGCUGCAGAACCCCGACGGUUCAUGUGGAUACAAUUACCAGAAGCCGGAACAAUCUUUCACCGUACCACAACGUCAAACAACGACUCGUCCAACUACAACAACAACUAGGCCUACAACUACAACAACCCGUCGAACAACUCCUCCACAGGAAUAUUUGCCUCCAUCUACUACUACAAGAACGACAACAAGGCCAACAACAACAACUACUACAAGACCAACAACAACCACAACUCGUCGAACCACAACAACUCAAAGAUACGUUCCAACUACUACCAAGUGUCCCCCAUCAGCGCAAAACCCGGACGGUAGCUGUGGAUACGUUUAUGAAAAACCCCAGCAAAGCUUUACGAUCCCGCAGCGGGUCACAACGACAACCACUCGUCCAACGACAACAACUCGAAGGAUAAUUCAAACAACCAAGUGUCCACCCUCCCAGCAAAAUCCAGAUGGUUCUUGCGGCUAUUUCUAUCCUACUCCUCCACCCACAACUACAACCCGCAGAACGACACCACCUCAGGAGUAUCUUCCACCGUCAACUACCACAACUACUAGACGAACUACAACCACUACCAGGCCUACAACAACAACGCGUCGAACUACCACCACAACACGUCCAACGACUACAACUACGCGUUACACGACUCAACGAACGGCUCCAACGACCACAAGGUGUCCACCUUCGCAGCAGAAUCCUGAUGGAACGUGUGGAUAUUUCUACGAAAAACCAGAAAACAGCUUCACCCUACCGCAAAGAGUAACCACCACAACAACACGCUAUACCACCCCUUCAACAACGCGUCCUACGACUACCACAACCAGGAGAACUACUCCACCCCAAGAAUAUCUGCCGCCAUCGACGACAGCUAGAACAACUCGGCCGACAACAACCACCACGACUACUAGGCGCACCACUACAACAACUCGACCGACAACAACUACCACACGUUACACCACUCAGCGAACAGUUCCCACAAUUCGGUGUCCAGCAGCGCAGCAAAACUCUGACGGAAGUUGCGGAUACUCUUAUGUAAAACCUGAGCAAAGCUUCACGGUACCACAACGAGUAACGACGACAACUCGUCCAACAACUACAACCCAACGGAUUAUUCCAACAACCAAGUGUCCACCAUCUCAGCAGAAUCCGGAUGGGUCUUGCGGUUACUUUUACGAAAAACCUCAGCAAAGUUUCACGAUACCUCAAAGGUUAACGACUACAACUACAGCUCGCCCAACGACUACAACCCGGAGAAUUAUCCAGACUACCAAGUGUCCGCUAUCGCAACAGAACUCGGACGGAAGUUGCGGAUACUCGUACGUGAAGCCUGAGCAAAGCUUCACGGUACCUCAAAGGGUAACGACGACAACAACUCGUCCAACAACUACAACUCGGCCAACAACCACUACUCGUCGUACUACAACAACCCAAAGAAUCAUCCCAACAACUAGCAAGUGCCCUCCAUCGGCCCAGAACCCGGACGGAAGCUGUGGAUACGUUUAUGAAAAGCCUCAGCAAAGCUUCACGAUCCCGCAACGAGUAACAACUACUACAACUCGUUCCCCGACUACAACUCAACGGAUAAUCCAAACAACCAAGUGUCCCCCAUCGCAACAAAACCCGGAUGGAUCUUGCGGAUAUUUCUAUCCAACUCCUCCACCCACUACAACAACCCGCAGAACGACGCCUCCUCAGGAAUAUUUGCCACCAUCUACAACGACCAGAACCACAACGAGGCCAACAACAACCACUACUACUAGAAGGACGACCACCACUACAAGGCCUACGACUACAACGACACGACCGACUACAACAACUACUCGCUACACUACUCAGCGGACGGCUCCAACGACCACAAGGUGUCCACCUUCGCAGCAGAAUCCUGAUGGAACGUGUGGAUAUUUCUACGAGAAACCAGAAAACAGCUUCACCCUACCACAAAGAGUAACCACCACAACAACACGCUAUACCACCCCUUCAACAACGCGUCCUACGACUGCCACAACCAGAAGAACUACUCCACCCCAAGAAUAUCUGCCACCUUCAACCACAACAAGGACGACUACUCGACCUACCACUACUACCACUAGGCGUACAACAACAACGACUCGGCCGACGACAACUACAACACGCUACACAACCCAACGCACGGUUCCACCAACAACCGGUUGCUCGCCGUCUCAACGGAAUCCGGAUGGCUCUUGUGGGUACUCGUACCCCAAACCAGAUACCAGCUUCACAAUUCCUCAGCGUGUAACAACAACCACAACACGAAGAACAACUCCACCCCAGGAAUAUCUUCCACCUUCGACAACGACCACCAGAAGAACGACCACAACUACGAGACCUACCACAACAACCACGAGACCCACAACUACAACCAGGCGCACAACUACAACAACUCGACCCACCACAACAACAACUCGCUUCACAACUCAGCGAACGGUUCCUCCGACGACGGGUUGCUCGCCAGCUGAACGAAAUCCGGACGGAACCUGUGGCUACUCCUAUCAAAGGCCGGACAACAGUUUCACCAUUCCGCAACGGGUGACGACCACAACAACAACCCGAAGGACGACUCCACCCCAAGAAUAUCUUCCACCAUCGACAACCACAACCACUAGAAGAACAACGACCACCACGAGGCCAACAACUACCACCACCAGACGUACCACAACUACAACGACCACUCCGAGAACAACAACCACAACGACGCCUCGUCCAACUAGGCCGACUUUCUCCACAACUACUCAAAGCAAGUGUCCAGCUUCGCAACAGAAUCCAGAUGGAAGCUGCGGUUACGAUUAUCCGAAACCUCCGCGUCCAUUUACCCUGCCAACCACUGCCGCUCCAGAGUAUCUGCCACCGGAACAAAGUACCGGCUACUCCUACCCGAAACCAGCUAUUCCGUUCAACUACUAAAAGAUCAGAGUGGUCGAUCAGUUUAACUGUAAAUAGUUAUGGCUAGGUUUCAACAUCUUUGGACUUACGAAACUACGCUUUCAAAUACCAUUAGGAGUUUUUAUCUAAAUUCUUGUUUUCCCAACCAAAGUUCAUUCAGAGAUUUUUCAUACAUUAAAAAACAAUUUUACUAACAAAUUCUUUUAGGUAUAGAAAAAACGAACUUAUUUCAAAAGUAAUUAAAUAGGUUACGGUAGCAAGAACAAAACCUCGGGACAGGUUGAUAUUCAUCGGUCAGUAUAAAGUAAGAAAGUAGAUCAAACAGUCGUUACAGUAGGAGCUCCAGUUGUUGUUGUCGUUGUCAAAAACAAUUGGAAAACAGAAGGAAAAACUCAGAUUCAACGUGAAAUGGUUAAAAUACUCAUCUAAGUUAAACUGCCACUCAAUUUCAUUCCAACACGUAUCGACUUGUGAUUUGUGUAAGUGUGAUGUCUAUUGUGAUGAUGAGCGAAAUCAAGUGAAGAUUACUGUCGUUAGCAAAUAAUGUUUAUUAAAGUCGAUUGGUAUGGAUGUGUACACUAAAGUAGUGGAAUUAUGUAAAUAAAAAAAUGUGUGUAAGAAUA